GGGAUCAUACGCAGAUGCUACCAUCUCUUCAUGAAAGGGCGAGCACUCUCCGAUAGCUACUACAACAGCGGCAGUAAAGGAGACACGACAACAUCGAUGAUAUCAACGGCAAAGACUGGAGCGCAGGUCGGUGACAACAUCAACUACAACAGCAUCAUUAACCGUGGCAAGACAGGGGAGCAGGUCUGUAACAACAUCGACAACAACAUUAUCAUCAAUAGUGACAUGGGGACAGGCAGCGAUGACGAUGGCAACAGCGGCGUGGACAACACCACCACCACCAACAACAACAACCACAACAACAAGAACGUCAACAACAAGAACAACAUCAACAACGUCAACAUCGUCGAAGAUGACGUCAACAGCGACAACAACAAAGACCACACGACGACGUUAUUUCCAACAACGGUGGAGACACCGGUCCAGGCAGCUUCGUUUUUGACAACGGUGACAACGACGAUUGAGACAUUAACAACAACAACGGCAACAACAACGGCGCCUGCACCGCUGGCAGCAACAACGACAACAGAGACAACAGCUGCAACAACAAAAACAUCAUCACAGCUGAAGAGGAGUGGGGAUCUGACGAGGAUGGGGAGAAGGGGAUUAGAGCUGAAAAAACGUUUUAUUGUCCCCCCCACCUUCUAUUUCUCACUCCUCAAUGUCUGGCAGCAGAUGGGAGUAGGAUAGUAUAUGUCCCCUCUGUUGGUUGGAGUCGACGGACCCUCGAUUUCAAUCAACAAAGGGUGUUGACUGUU